AACCGGCAAGUACCACCAUGCGCUUGCGUAGAAAAUGGAUGUACUCUGUGAGCAAUUUAUGUCGUAUUACUUUUUUGUUGUCAUUUGUCAUUGAAUAUUUUAAUUGAUCCUAUUUUUGGUGAAUUAAAAGUAAUUCCCUUCUAAGGUACAUCCUAAGGGAUACUACUCCUUUCUCAGAGCAUCCGGGUAAUAGACCUGCCUCUGCUUUUGCCAUAACCGAUUUUUCUUAGUAAAGAAACGGUGUGGAAUGGUAGAAUUUGUUUAGUGAUCUUGAAACCAAGAACUACUUCUGCUACCAUGGACAAAAGAAGGGGCCGGUCUCUUCCGGAUGCUAUGCUGCUGAAACCACUAGCUUUCAACUUAGAAGAGGCCUUACAAGUAGAAAACAUCUACAGACCAAAUUUAGCAUCAGUUAGUUCUGCUGACUAUAAACCUGGAGGAGUAACAUUGUCUUCAAGGGAUGGGGCUGUGAAAAAUUUACGUUUCUUACGAAUAUGGUUGGAUCUACCACACAAUGUAUUCUUUACUGCUGUAUCUUAUUUAGAUAUGUUUCUUUCCAGAAUGAAGGUGCAAGAAAAAUUUCUAAAAUGCCUUACAUUGAGCUGUCUCUAUCUGGCCGCUGAUACAGAAAACAGCAAAAUUAAUGUGGACAAUCUUGUGAAAAUUUCUCAAAGUAAAUGCACCUCUAGAGAUGUGGUUCGGAUGGCAAUCAUUGUAAAAGAAAAGACGAAAAAUCCUGAAGGAAGUAAAGCAACAACCCCCAGUGACUUUUUAAAGAUCUACUUAGAGAUUUUAAAAUUUUUUACCAAUCAAUGGGAACAUAUUAUAUCAAGAGAUAUGUUUCAAAUUCGAGAAAACAUGCUAAUUCUACUUGAAGUUCUUCUGUCUGAUAGCAGCACUGCUUAUUUCCGGUCUUCGGCAUUAGCCCUAAUAAUUUUUCAAAUGGAGGUUGAGAAGAUUAUGGCAAAAGGUCUACCAAAUAAAUCUUUAUACUUCUUAGGGGAAGUCUUGCAAUUUUUGUCUAUAGUGAGGGAAAUUCAGCUUAAGUGUAAGAUCAGAAAUGUUGAAUUAAAAAAUUGCUAUAUUCAAAUAGCAAAAGUGCUGAAACAGUAUGAGAGUGAGAAAAACACAAAAAGCCACCAGAAGAUGACAUGGAAUUUUUCUAAGUCAACGAUCCAAACAUGCAAACGUCCCGGUUAUUAUUCCAACUUCCAGACAAUUAAGGAAUAAAUUUACCUCUAAGGGUACAUCCAGGCUUGUGUGUGAUUUAUGGCUAGCGAUAAAUCGCUCGCAAGUAUGACCAUACUCUUAUACAUUUACAAAACUCAAAAGAAAUAUUAAGUUACUUUUAUUUUGUACCACAUACCUUCAGCUUUAGUUAAAUAAUUAUUAUUGUUUAGAGUUACUUGUGUCAUUUAUUUUUAAUUAUGUAAAUGUCUAAAAGUGAUUAAAAUGUGAAAAAAAGUUUAAAAUUAUAAUUUUGUAAAAAAAAUAUAUAAAAAUUUAUAAAUAUGAAUGUAUAAAAAAAACAAAUUCAUUUAAAAUGAAAAAAAUAUAUCUAGAUUGUAAUUGUGCUUUAUCGUACUUUUUAGAUAUGUAUUUAAGCCCCUUUUCAAAGAAAUGUUACUAGUCUUUAUGUUAAAAAAAUCUUUGUUACCUUUCUUCACUGUAAUAGUAAAAUGAUUAAUUUUUUUGUUACAUAUUAAAUAAAAAGCACUGCGAUCAUUUUUAAUAGA